AUGGAAGGCAUCACAGGCAGCAUGAAAAGAGGUUUCAAGAAAUACUGGAAGAGAAGAAAGGGUUAUCAAAGAGUCACCAAAUCAAGUCGAAAGAGGAACACGGUGAAGCUAGGAGGAGAAUCAACCACCGGAGCAAAGAGGAAAUGGAGCAUGAAAAUCUCUCCAAAGAUCAAAAUUCCAACAAUCUCUCCCCCCAAGAAAUGGAUGGCGUGGAUGAGAGACUCCUAUGUGAGGAUGAUGGUGGCUUUGGCUAACUCCAAGGUGGUUAAAAUGGGUAGCUUUGGUGACCCUACUGCUGGAUUUGGGAGGAACCAACAACCUAAGGAGUAUGAUAGUAAAAUGAUUGUUCAUAUGUAUAAUUCCUUCGUUGUGGCUCAGGGACAUUUGCUUCCACACGAUUUAGCUUCGAAAUUCGCCUCCACAACUACUUUGCCAAAGGUCAACGAAUUACUAUAG